GCCACGCCCCCUGCGUGCAGGUUACUUUCACUUUCUGCUGGUCGCGUCGCAGCUGCAGCUCUGUGAGCGACGCUGUCCCCUCUGUGACUCCUGAAGGAGGCUUUGCUCAUGUUGGUUAGUUCCAGUCUGACAGCAGAAACCGGGACUUCACAGCUCCACUGACAGCCAGCAGACGAACACGAAGACCUUCCUCCAUCUUCCUGUCAGCGUUCAAAGCGAAAGUAGUGAAGGCAGAGCGUCUCUGGGAGCUGAUGUGAGUUCAGCAGCAGCUGCCAAGGCUGCUGUGUUUGUGUGAAGGUGUGGGCUCUGCUAUGGAUCAGAGUGAGGACAGACAGGAGGGAGUCCCCCCCUCUAAAACCACUCUGUGUGGGGAACAUGACACGAGGACCGAAGCUCAGAGGAUCCAUCAGAGACCUGAACCUGAACCCAGCUGUGUGUCCAUGAAGAGUGACCGGUCUAUGCGUCGUCCUACAGUCUUCAAAGAUGGACGCCACUCUGUUGAUCAAAGAGUCGACCAGGAGAGCUCAGAGGUUCCCAGUGGUCAGUCUGAGCUGAAGAUCCAUCAGAUACCAGACUGUCCUGAACCUGAACCCAGCUGUGUGUCCAUGAAGAGUGACCGGUCCAUGCGUCAUCCUGUACACUUCAAAGAUGGACGCCACUCUGUUGAUCAACGAGUCGACCAGGAGAGCUCAGAGGUUCCCAGUGGUCAUCAAACACAUUUGGACGCCAUGUUUAUGCUGCUGGAGGAGAACAUUGUCACUUUUGUGAAGAACGAGCUGAAGAAAAUCCAGAAGUUUCUGAGUUCAGAUUACCCAGAAUGCUCUGAGAGUCAGAGGGAGGAUGAGGAGGUGUUGGAUGGUGAGGAGGAAGAGCAGAGGAGGAGCAGCAGAGAGGCAUUUCUGAACAUCACGCUGCACUUCCUGAGGAGAAUGAAGCAGGAGGAUCUGGCUGACCGUCUGCAGAUCAGAUAUCCUGUUCCAGUUUGUUUCCAGCAUAAACUUAAAUCUAACCUGAAGAAUAAGUUCCAGUGUGUGUUUGAGGGGAUUGCUAAAGCAGGAAACCCAACCCUUCUGAACCAGAUCUACACAGAGCUCUACAUCACAGAGGGAGGGACUGCAGAGUUUAAUGAUGAACAUGAGGUCAGACAGAUUGAAACAGCAUCCAGGAGACCAGACAGACCAGAAACAACAAUCAGACACGAAGACAUCUUUAAACCCUCACCUGGAAGAGAUGAACCAAUCAGAACAGUGAUGACAAAGGGAGUGGCUGGCAUUGGGAAAACUGUCUUAACACAGAAGUUCACUCUGGACUGGGCUGAAGACAAAGCCAACCAGGACAUACAGUUCACAUUUCCAUUCACCUUCAGAGAGCUGAAUGUGCUGAAACAGAAAAAGUUCAGCUUGGUGGAACUUGUUCAUCACUUCUUUACUGAAACCAAAGAAGCAGGAAUCUGCAGGUUUGAAGAGUUCCACGUUGUGUUCAUCUUCGACGGUCUGGAUGAAUGUCGACUUCCUCUGGACUUCCACAACAAUGAGGUCCUGACUGAUGUUACAGAGUCCACCUCAGUGGAUGUGCUGCUGACAAACCUCAUCAGGGGGUACCUGCUUCCCUCUGCUCGCCUCUGGAUAACCACACGACCUGCAGCAGCCAAUCAGAUCCCUCCUGAGUGUGUUGACAUGGUGACAGAGGUCAGAGGCUUCACUGACCCACAGAAGGAGGAGUACUUCAGGAGGAGAUUCAGAGAUAAGAAGCAGACCAGCAGAAUCAUCUCCCACAUCAAGACCUCACGAAGCCUCCACAUCAUGUGCCACAUCCCAGUCUUCUGCUGGAUCACUGCUACAGUUGUGGAGGAUGUGUUGAAAACCAGCGAGGGUGGAAAACUGCCCAAGACCCUGACUGAGAUGUACAUCCACUUCCUGGUGGUUCAGUCCAAACUGAAGAACGUCAAGUAUGAUGGAGGAGCUGAGAUGGAUCCACACUGGAGUCCAGAGAACAGGGAGAUGAUUGAGUCUCUGGGAAAACUGGCUUUUGAUCAGCUGCAGAAAGGCAACCUGAUCUUCUAUGAAUCAGACCUGACAGAGUGUGGCAUCGAUAUCAGAGCAGCCUCAGUGUACUCAGGAGUGUUCACACAGAUCUUUAGAGAGGAGAGAGGGCUGUACCAGGACAAGGUGUUCUGCUUCGUCCAUCUGAGCAUUCAGGAGUUUCUGGCUGCUCUUCAUGUCCAUGUGACGUUCAUCAACUCUGGUGUCAAUCUGCUGUCAGACAAACAAACAACUUCCCAGAAGUCUGAAACAAGAAAAGACGAAUCUGCAGUGACAUACUUCUACCAGAGUGCUGUGAGAAAGGCUUUACAGAGUCCAAAUGGACACCUAGACUUGUUCCUUCGCUUCUUCCUGGGCCUUUCACUGCAAACCAAUCAGAUUCUCCUACGAGGUCUGCUGACACAGACAGGAAGUAGUUCACAGACCAAUCAGGAAACAGUCCAUUACAUCAAGAUGAAGAUCACUAAGAAUCUCUCUCCAGAGAAAAGCAUCAAUCUGUUUCACUGUCUGAAUGAACUGAAUGAUCAUUCUCUGGUGGAGGAGAUCCAACGGUCCCUGAGUUCAGGAAGUCUCUCCACAAAUAAACUGUCUCCUGCUCAGUGGUCAGCUCUGGUCUUCCUCUUACUGUCAUCAGAAAAGGAUCUGGACGUGUUUGACCUGAACAAAUACUCUGCUUCAGAGGAGGCUCUUCUGAGGUUGCUGCCAGUGGUCAAAGCCUCCAAUAAAGCUCUACUGAGUGGCUGUAACCUCUCAGAGAAAAGCUGUGAAGCUCUGUCCUCAGUUCUCAGCUCCCAGUCCUCUAGUCUGAGAGAGCUGGACUUGAGUAACAACAACGUGCAGGAUUUAGGAGUGAAGCUGCUGUCAGCUGGACUGGAGAGUCCACACUGUAGACUGGAAACUCUCAGGCUGUCAGGCUGUCUGAUCACAGAGGAAGGCUGUGCUUCUCUGGCCUCGGCUGUGAGCUCCAACCCCUCCCAUCUGAGAGAGCUGGACCUGAGCUACAACCAUCCAGGAGACUCAGGAGUCAAGCUGCUGUCUGCUGGACUGGAGGAUCCACACUGGAGACUGGGCACUCUCAGGGCGGAGCCUGGUGGAGUCCGAUGGCUGAGACCAGGUCUGAGGAAGUAUUCCUGUGAACUCACACUCGACACAGACACAGCAAACAGAAAGAUCCAACUGUCUGACAACAACAGAAAGGUGACAUAUGUGGAGGAGGAUCAGCCAUAUCCUGAUCAUCCAGACAGGUUUGACGAGUGGCCUCAGCUGCUGUGUAGUAAUGGUCUGACUGGUCGCUGUUACUGGGAAGUCGAGUGGAGUGGACAUGUUGAUAUAUCAGUGAGUUACAGAGGAAUCAGAAGGAGAGGACGUAGAUAUGAUUGCAGGUUUGGAAGGAAUGAUCAGUCCUGGAGUCUGGAGUGCUCGACUGAUGGUUACACUGUCUGGCACAAUAACAGAGGAACAUCCACCUCCUCCGCCUCCUCUGUCUCUAACAGAGUAGCAGUGUAUGUGGACUGUCCUGCUGGUACUCUGUCCUUCUUCAGAGUCUCUUCUGAGACACUGAUCCACCUCCACACCUUCAACACCACAUUCACUGAACCUCUUUAUCCUGGGUUUGGGUUCUGGGCUGGUUGGUCUGGUUCAGUUUCAUUCUCCUCCUGUUAGAGAAACGUUCUCACUGCUGACCAGAUAGUUCAGUCUGACCAGGAUCACGCACAGCUGAUGUUAGUUAGUACCAACCUGAUCUCUCACUGGUGGUAAGACCUCAUGUACAACAACAAAUACCACUCCAUAUUAAAUAUUUCUUCAAGUAAAGGAUGUGAAGUCUGCCUGUUUCUCACUGCUCCAUCCAAACCAGGGGCCUCAUUUAUCAAAGUCUGCAUAGAACAAGUUCCCAAUUUGUUACCCCUUAUUCUCUAACUCCACACCUUGUUUCCUUGUACGUACAUGUAUGUACCAGUAUGUAAUUUACCGGCCGUAAUCUCAAGUGGAAAUGUCGUAAUUCAGGUGACCAAGCAGGUAGAGGGAUUGGUGCUUGGUGCAUCUAUGGGUUAGGAGGUAGUUGAAAGUGUACAGAGAGAUGCAGUGGAGUUUCUUAGUUGUCAGGGAGGCUUAAAAGAAGAGUCUAAGGUGAUAUCAAGAAAUUCAAGAGACGUGCUGGAUCCUACUGUUUUCUCUGAGGAAACUGUAUGGUGAGACUGUAUGAUGGUGAGACGAUAAGGAAGUCAUCCAGAAGGUGAAUAACAUAUUCAGUUCAGUUAAAUUUUAUUUAUAUAGGGCCAAUUCAUAGCAGAAGUUAUCUCAUUGCACUUUUCCUAUAGAGCAGGUCUAGACUGUACUCUUUAUAAUAUUAUUUACAGAGACCCAACAAAUCCCACCAUGAGCAAGCACUUGGCAGCAGUGGCAAGGAAUAACUUCCUUUAAGAGGCAGAAACCUCGAGCAGAUAGGAGAGUAAAAGUUACAUCGCAGUGUAAGAAAAGAAUCAUUAUUCGAUUUAAUAAAAGGCAGUGGCAAACAGAAAAGUCUUCAGCCUUGAUUUAAAAGAAGAAGUACUUUAUAAACCAACAGUAGUAUUUUGAAAUCAGUUCUUUGACAGACAGGAAGCCAGUGGAAAGACCUUAGAACUAGACUGAUGUGAUCCACUUUCUUGGUCUUAGUGAGGACGCGAGCAGCAGGCCUCUGAAUCAGCAGCAGCUGUCUGAUAAAUUUUUUUAGAGACCUGUAAAGACCCCGUUACAGUAGUUGUACAGCUCCAAAAACAAUUACUUAAGUUUUAUCUUUGUUUAACUGAAGACAAUUCUGGCACAGUCAAUUGUUGAUUUGUCCAAUACACUUGUAUUGGACCAUUAUAGUCCCCCGGUGACAUUGUUAUGUAAAUGUGUGUGUCGUCUGCAUAAUUUUAACAUAUUUUGUUGUUUUUCAUUAUCUGAGCCAGUGGGAGUGUGUAGAUAUUAAACAGAAGAGGCCCCAGAAUGGAGCCUUGGGGAACUCCACAUGUAAUUUUUGUCUGCUCAGAUGUGUAUUUACCUGUUGACACAAAGUUGUCCCUGUCGUUAGUUAGGAUUCAGACCAGUUUAAUACUGUGCCAGAAAGUCCCUCCCAGUUUUCCAGUCGGUCAAGUAAUAUGUUAUGGUCGACCGUGUCGUAUGCAGCACUGAGAUCCAAUAAUACCAAGACGGAAAUUCUGCCACUGUGUUUAAGUGGAUGUCAUUGAAGACUUGAACAAGAGCAGUCUCAGUGCUGUGGUGGUCUCAAAAACCUGACAGAAAACACCAAAGAAACUCCAGAAAUCAAGCCAAGUCAGUUAUAUUUAUAUAGCCCAAUAUCACAAAUCACAAUCUGCCUCAAGGGGCGUAUUGGCGGGACUUUGAAGGUGCUAGUGAUGUCAGCUUUAGCCAUCCAAGCACCACAGCCUGCAAGAUGAGGUUGAUAGUGUGAUUGAUGGUAGUUUAAUGCAUUGAUAAAUCUAGACUGUUGAUGCUGGCUGUUUGGGAACUGUGGGGAGAAGAAAGAUUGAUGUUGAGUCUCUUCUUGUCGGAUUACUACCUACUAAUGAUGCCAGUAGGGCUGAUGUCUUGAGCCUGGAAUUGAGGGCUAGCGAAUGUACCAAUCAUGAAGUCUUCCUCAACUUCUUUGGCCCCGAGUCUGUCUACUGUAUUAGGCUCGGCAAGGUCUGACUGAAGAUUGUGGCCAGCGAAUGAUGAAUCAGGGAUCUCGAUGUCUGGGUGGAAACUAUGGGUUAAACGAUGUAUGAGAAAAUAGACUAACUGGUGGUCUGGUUUGCUGCUCCUGGCCUCUUACUCCUAGAUAGAGAGGUGAAGUGUCUGUUUUACAGAGGAAGCGGAUCCCCUUCCACAGAGGCCGCCAUGUUGCACCACCUACAGUAGCCCAGAACAGACAAACCAAACACCAGCUCUAGAUAGGGCCUUUCACGUUUUCCGUGGCCACCGUAGUUUCUCCUACGCGCCUGGAAGGGGAGGGUGAGGCGAGCGGGAUUCAAAUGGUUGCAAACUGCAAUUUCAUAGCUAGAAGCCACUAAAUCCUACAUACUGCACCUUUUAAUGAUCAGUUUACCUGUGAUCACACCUGUGUGCAGCUGGGGGUUUGUUGGUCCUCAUGGUCAGCAGUGGAUCUAGAUGUACAAAUAUUCUCAAUCACAAGCAGAAACUGAUGAAUCUGAUUCUGUUUAGAAAUGAGCAUAUCCAUGGCUUAUUAUGGUUGAUAAAUGAGGCCCCCCGUAAUGCAGGUUAUAUUUUCUUUCUUUUAAACUGUCCUCAUACAAGACUGACUUCUCAUUCAACAAAGUAUAAAUCUGCCAGGAACCCAAUAUACAAGAAAAAAUUACACAAACACCUAUAAAAAUGUAUACAAAUCUUUAGUGAUAAACACUCAACAUAUUAUUAUAGAACAGUUCAGUGUUGUAAAAAAUAUUGUUUGACUGUUUAUAUAUACAAAUACAGCUGAAAAAUGUAGGAAAUAAACUGUGAUAGUCUGUUUACAUAUAAAGUGAUUUUAUCCAAACUGGUUUUUGUGUAUUUUUCAUCGAAAGUCUGUAACUCACUGAAAAUUUCAUAAUUGACAGUUAACAUUUCUUUAAUGUUGUACCACAUCAGCACUUUGAACUGGUUCUCUCAGCAUGUCUCUACAUGAUUUAUGAAUAAAGUUAUGUUACAACAAA